UAUGCAAAGUAGAAAAUCUACACUUUGAUAAAUAAAUAUAAAAUGACUUUAGAAUUAAAUUUUAAACGUAAACCCCUUUCUUUUAAUUUUUUGUGACGUAAUAUAUAUAAGCCCCGCCUACCUUUACAUCCUCGCUUGACGUAGCGUUUCUGAUGCAGAAUCAGCAGUGAGCAUCAUCAGCAGCGGUGCAUUGGUCCUCAGCAUUCCUCUCCUCUCAUCCCUGCUGGAUAGGAUGAGACGAUGGCUCGCAGGAGAGAUGAAGACGAUGAUGAUGCCAGACACAAGCUGUUAGAAGAAGAGGAUGCUGAUGAUAAUGAGGAUGCGCGCUCCAUCAUGGACAGCGAGGAUGAGGACCAUCUGUCCCUGGACGAGAUUUUACAUCUAUACAAGCAGCCCAUCAACGAGGAGCAGGCGUGGGCUGUGUGUUACCAGUGCUGUCGCUCUCUUCUGGAGGAUUCUGCUGCUUCUGGAGGAGAGGAACAUGUGAGGAUUUAUAAAGACGGAUCAGUGCGCUUUCAUUCCGGAGUCAGAUCAGGUGACAAAUCAACACCUUUAUUGCAUUCCUAUACAGAUGAUAAACUGAUGGAUUUGGGUGCAGAUGUUUUGAAACGGCUUAUAUAAUUCCCUUUUUUGCCUUCUAGUAGGGUUCUGCAUCACAAAAUGUGCAUCAUAUUGAAUGCAUCACCUUAUGUGCAAGAAUUGGAUAUAAUUGUGUCAUGCAUUUUUGACAGGACUGAUAUAUAUAUGGCAUGAUAUUGUGAAAUAGGCUUUUAUCUGCGGGUCAGAUUUAAUAUCGAGCAUGCAUUAGUCUAAAAUAAUCAUAAGACAGCAUUAAUGAAGCAUUAAAGCCAUGUAAGUGCUCACAGUCACCGUUGUUUACAUGCUCUCUGAUGCACAAAUAAACAAACAUGCUGAUAAACACAAACUCUUGAUCAGAAAUCUAUAUUUAUAAUGCUUCUUGUGUGUAAAAUGUUGCACUACUGGUUCAAAUGAAAUAUGUUUGCUGUUUGCUCA